AUGAGUAGUGACAAGCACGUUGCAGGAGAUAAUGAAGCUGUUACAUCCAGUACUGAAAAAUCUGAUGAACAAGACGAAACACAAUCACGAGCAUCUGAAUCUGAUAAUGAUGAUACUGAUAGUAACGCUAGUAGUGAAUAUGAAGUUGAAAAAAUUCUUGCCAAACGUCGACGACGUCGUGGUGGAUAUGAAUAUUUUAUAAAAUGGGUAGGUUAUGAUGAUUCAGCAAAUGAAUGGAUACCUGCGUCAAGUUUAAAUUGUCCACAACGUUUAGCUGAAUUUCAUCGUGAAGAAGCACGCAAACGAAAACGUUCACGAAGAGAACGAGAACGAAGUUAUUCUAAAAAACGUCGAAGUAAUAACAAUCGAUCCAAAAAACGACGAGUUAAAGUUAUUGAAGAUGAUGAUAAUGACGAUGAUGAACAAGAACCAGCAAAAUCAGUUGAAUCAUCAACUGGUUCAGCAACAAAUUCUGAUAAAGAUCAAGAAACAAAUUCCAUGACAUAUGGAGUUCAAAAAGGUUAUCAAGUUCAAGCUAUUCUUGGUAUUAAUCGUACAAAAGGAGAUCAAUUACAUUAUCUUGUUCAUUAUAAAUCUCCUACAAUGUUUGAUGAUAAUAUGGAAUUAAUUCCAGCUAAUAUUGCAAAAAAAUAUUGCGAAGACGAAUUGAUUCAAUUUUAUGAAACAAGAAUAGCGUGGAAUGAUCGUCCAAAUGAUUGA